AAGUUCAAACAGCAUCAUCGAUCAUACUGAGGUUUAUCUGUCUCUCAGUACAGUAUUUUGUGCUAUAUUUUUUUCAUUAUUACAAUGUUAAAGAAUAACAAUGUUUACUACGUGAACCGCACGGUUCUAAAUAAGUUCUUAAAAUUUUGAAACAACCAUGCUUAAAUUAUUGACAAUUUAAUAUUCCACAUUGUACUUCGUUGUUUCUCAUUUUAAACGCUUGUUAAAUAUGUAAUUCAGUAAACAGCGUCAUUUGAAUUAUUUUUUAUAGUGUAAAAAUUACAUUUUAUCAUCAGUCAUUUAAACAAGUAAUUAUGAUUAGCAUUAUUGCUGGUUAUAUAAAACAAUUGGCAAAGCUGAAGAUUAUUCAAUUUUGUUGCUCAUCAGCGGAUUAGGCAUGCCCGUCUACUUCCAGAGUGUAUAGCGCGUGAAGGUAUAUACAUUCGGCAGUGUGUGUUGAAACAAGUCCGAUUUCAAAGGGUAAAGUUUUUUUUUAAUCGGUAGAUAUAUAAUAAUAACUAUCGGGUAUCAUCAAAGGAGUAGUUAAUUAUCUGGAGCCACAGGCGAUCGACAAACCGGAUCUUGUGUUGUGCACAAACAUCCAAUCAGACCACUGAGCGUACUUAAUUGGGAUUAAUUUUAUAUUCAAAGAGAAUCACCAACCAAUCACGUUCAGCUGGUGCGAAGGUGAAUGACAAUCAGCCAAUCAUUGUACCAUGCAAAUUAGGUAAUUGUACUAGUGCGACGAAUCGGAAUUGAGCAGAUAUUUUCGACUUGCUAUGCUUUUCAGUAUAAAUAUAAGGCAAAAGCUAACCAAAAAUCAGUUUGUAAUUCGAACUUGUCAACUUGUGGUAGCUAUAGCUCAUACUUUCAUCAAUCCAAGUGCUCAUAUAUACUCUACUCUCCGAUUAUGGCGAAUCAUCGUGAAGUCACCAUUCAGUGGUUGACUAGGAAGUGGAAUGGGAUGCAGGAAACUGUUGCUAGGAGUCGAGUUAAGACGACCAAGGAACUCCGCCCCGGAAUGGAUGUCUGGGUUACCUACAAGUCGUGUAGGUACAGGGCUGUGGUCGUUAAAUUAGGUCCAUUGCAGCAAGGAAGUAAGCGGAAAUCUGAUGAUACUUCUGCUGGACACGUGAAACGGCUUAGGGCGUCGCCUCCGUACUCUCCAACUCUGACGGUGGGAUUUGAACCCCAACCUAGUACCCCUGUGCCUCUGGUGUCACCCUGUAUCCGAGUGGGAUGGACUGCACCAACACCUCCCACACCCGAGGAUGACCCGUCAAGUUCUGAGGAUGGACCUCAAUGUCAGCAAACCCUUGGUACAUGGAUUCCAGAAGUCCAACAGAGUACCCCUGUACCUCUGGUGUCACCCUGUAUCCGAGUGGGAUGGACUGCACCAACACCUCCCACACCCGAGGAUAACCCGUCAAGUUCUGAGGAUGGAUCUCAAUGUCAGCAAACCAUUGGUACAUGUAUUGCAGAAGUCCAGAGUACCCCUCUGCCUCUGGUGUCACCCUGUAUCCAAGUGGGAUGGCCUGCAUUGUCGCCACCAACACCUGACAAGGACACCCAUCCUGACAGCCAUCCAACACCUGCAUCACCCAGAGAUGUCCCUGCUACACCUGAGAGGCAUCCAUGCCCCGAGAGUCCUCGGUCAGACCAAUUAGGUCCCAGUGAAUGCUUGCCUGAGAGCCCUACUCCUCCAUCCGUUGAUGUACCUGGUGCACCCGACAACCAUCCCACUCCUGAUAGCCCUACCAUGGGUCCCAGUGAAUGCUUGCCUGAGAGCCCUAUUCCUCCAUCCGUUGAUGUACCUGGUGCACCCGACAACCAUCCCACUCCUGAUAGCCCUACCAUGGGUCCCUUUGACCGUUCACCCGUCGGCUCACCUUCUUUUCGACCUUUUGACGACGACAUCUUCGACGACCAUCUUGACAUGACGGAAGGACCAAAGACUUGCGACAUCUCUACAGACACAACUGACCUACCAGAGACUUCCCACUGCCGACCCAACACCACUGACAGACUUGACAUGACUGCUCGACUUGACGAGACCCACGACCCACUACUUGACCAACUACUGACUGACCAUUCACCAGACUCACCUUUGGCGAGACUCAUCUCUCAUCUGAAGAGUGAGAACCGACGACUACUGAACGACAACCAACACCUACUGGACGCCAACCGACGACUAACUGACGAGAACGUGACCCUCCGCACCCAGCUAGUGGCUACUCGACCAAGAACCCAACGACCAAACACGACUUCUAUAGACAGUGAGAGGGUGAUGAUCGGCGUUCCAGGGUCAAGUUGGGUGAUGGCCAAGAGUGAGUACAACGAGGCCUUCGACAAGUCUUCCUCUGCUAAGGAGCUUAUCCUUAAGCUCAUGGGGAAGGUUCUGACAAGGGAGGAGCUAGCAAGGAGCAAUUUCUACGGUGGCAAGGUCUACAACGGAAAACAGAUGGUCACCAAGGAGAGUCUUAGUGAGAGAAUCUCGUUCCAAGCGAUUGUGGCCCAAGCCGAGCUGGUCUAUCCUGGUGGGACUUCAACGCAAGCAUUCCAAAGAGACAUUAGGAUAGCCGUCAACUCUAGGUGCAGGCGUGCCGACUAUAAUCUGAGACACAUGAAGGCCUAAAUUUUCAACUACUCAUUUCAUUCAAUGGAGCUAGAUAUUCUUUACUUGAUAUUUUGAAUUUCUGUAAUUGUGAUUUAAAUACUUCAAUAAUUUUGUUGAUUGAGUUAGCACAUAUAUUUAAGUUGUACUCAUACUGUCAUUUUAGGCUACUUAUUUGAGUCAGGUAGCUAAGUAUUCUUUGUAUUAUAUAUUUAUAUAUAUUCAUUUAUAUUAUGAAUUUCUGUAAUUCUGAUUCUAAUAUUUCAAUUUUGUUGUGAUUGCAUGUAUUUAAGUUUAAUAUGUACAUGUACAUUUUAAUUUCAAUACUACUUAUACUACUUUCAACUACUUUUAUCAACAAGUGAAUCACCAUGUAGUUAAACAUUCUUGAUUUCAUAUCAUAAACUUCCAUAAUUGUGUAGUGAUUGAACACAUUAUAUUUCAGUGCAAUAAAUGUUAAUCAAUGCGUUCAAGAUUCUGUCUGUUUGAUUCAUUAAUUAGGAGACUAUUUAAAUAUUUAGAGAUGCAUGGAGGGAUAUUGAGAGUAGAUCUGCGUGAGUUGAGUGCACACUGAGAGAGUAUAGGCCUGUGAGAUUGAACACGUUUUCAGUUUGGAUAUCUAUCUCUGCCCUCACUGAACCCUAAACAUGUGACACCAAUUCCCUUGUUCCCAGAGUUUUACUCUUCUCACCCUUUUUUAACAUCUGAAUGAUUUGAUAUAGCAUGAUUACACCCCCUUAAAAAAAUGAGAGCAUAGAUAGUGAAUAGUUUACAUGACUCUACAUGUCAAUAUGUUGAAGGCCAGAUACAUCCCCCUACUAUUGAUUUAAAAAGGGGUCUAAAAUGAUAAUCGUAAUAUGAAGGAACUUUUGGGCUAAUACUGGAAAUUUUCAUGAUAAAGAACAAUAUGAAAGAUUUUUGCACUAAUCUCUGCCCCCAUCCCAAUCCUCAACCCGUCUCUCAUUUCCUUCCUAUCACCCCUCCCCCAGACCAUGUUCACAGGCUCAAACACGAGUCUAUAUAUUUCCGAAAAAAGAACAAUAGAUAUGUGUUUUUAAUUAUUUUCAAUUCAUUUGGAAGUGGUAUGGGCAAGUUUGUAAUUACUCUCAUCCUCAGCACCGAAAGGAGUAUGGGGAAUGGGGGCAUGACAGGAAAUUUGGAAUAUGGCGUCAAAAGUUGGAUUCUCAUGAUUCCAUAGGAAGAGGAAGUAAAAUAAAGUUGGUUCAUGAUGAAGAUAUGCAUAACAGUAACACUUACACUGUGAUACCUACAAUGUAUCAGUGUAUUACACUAAAAGUAAAUAAAAAAUAACUCCAAAUGAAUUGAAGAGAUGCGGAAGGAGUCCAAUAAAGUAUGGGCAAAACAGACUACCCACACAUAUUCUGAACCGACAAUGUAUGCCAACGCUACGCCCAGAGACCAUAUUAUGCCGAUGCUCAAUCAUGUUUCGUGGACUAGUGCACCGAGAUCAUGCGGUGGCUCUCCGAUGGUAAACUCCCCAGCACCGACAGGGGGAUGGCAUAGCCGUAUAUAGGCACAUAUAACAAAACCAAACCUAGCUCACAUCCCUUUUAAUACAUCUGGACGGCUAGAACACAGAUCACAACUUAUUCGAGCAUGUAUACACUACUUUAUAGGUGCGCGUGCAGCCGGCAAGAUACGAAUAACAGACGAAUAAUAAAAGUUUCUGGCCGUGCGUAGAAAUCAGACAUCCUUACGUAGUCUGGUCCGAACUUCCAUAUCUCCAUAUACCCAAAAGGCGUAUGCUAACCAUAGCUCGAACGAUCACCCUCAAACCUCGGCCGGCCGGCCAGUCACGGCGAAUUUGUGAACUUCGAAAUCCCCCAGACCGCCGCCAGCAACGGCGCGGCCCCACUAGUCUGCAGACACAGACCCUGGUUGAAACUUUGACGAAUAUUAGUGUCUCCACGCAAUUAGUAGCAUAUACAAAACUAGAAAUUUUGCAUAUUUCUUUUAAUUAUUAUUUAUUCUCGUACACAGACGGCUCGCUAUCGUGCAGCCACUGUUAAGGGGUUAACAAUGCAGCCCCCCCGGCGGGCUCAUUGAUCAUCUUUAUUUCAUUAAAAAAUACGUAAUACGGAACUGUACCGAAAUAAAGAUUAUUUCUCCUUUUUUGUCUGAAAUGCACCAAAACGGGGAAAAUAAAUUUAAAGGGGGAAAACAGUGAUUUACUUCAGCUGUCGCGCAACUUCACUUCACUGUUUAUCCGAAAUAUUCCAGAAAACAUACGGCCUUUGAGUCCCUGUCCCCCUGUUCCACUCCCUGUACAGACGAUCGAGUCGAGCUAGAACUUUAUAGGUCUCUGUAUUUGGUGAGUGGAGCAACUGAGUUCAGCGGAACAGCCAACGCUACAGACAUGACAGAGACCGAAGCUUUUAGUCUAAUACAAAACUUGCUGUUUCAAUUUCGGGGACCUUCA